UUGAUCCUCCCCUCACAGGACGCCGUGCCCACGUUUUAACCACACGAAGCCGAAACAAAAACAUGUCUGACUGUAAGGAGCACAUUUUGAUUUGUUUCCACCCUCACAGGAUGCGCUGCCCACAAGUGUAGGUGGCAGCAGAGAUUAUAUUAAAAGUCUCAGGUGGUGCUGGCGCAUUUCUGGUGGAUUCUCCGUUCAUAUCGGCGACAUAUCGUGAUGUUUCUGGCGUAAAUGGACUGUUGGCUCGUAAACGUAUCACCGUAAUGUUAGUCUGAACUAGCGGUAGGGAAUAGCCUUUUUCCAACAGGAUACAGACACAGCCGGCUGAUAAGAUUCGUGCUCUGCUAUUGGAAGCACGCAAAAAUAGGAAACACAAGAAGGGAACAGGGAUACUCCUCCAAUCCGUGUCUGUUUGGAUGCUCCAAAUGAGUGUACCUGCAGCAACAGCACAGAAAUCAGACAGCAACAGUGAAAUGCAAUCAGCUGCAGUGACUCCCUCCUUCAUUCCCAGCCAGUCAGGGAAGAUACCGGGCAGGAAGAGAGGGAGACCCCCGCUCCGCAAUGUCGCCAAAAUGGAUUUUCCAAACCGUUACCCCGAAUCCCUCCCGCCCCUUAAAGUGCCAAAGAAGAGGGGGAGAAAGCCAGGCUUCAAGCUCAAACCCAGGAUGGUGAUGACGCCGUUGGCUAUUUCUCCACCCAGCAGCACCCCCGAGCCUGACAUGAGCUCCAUUCCUCAAGAUGCCGCCACCAUUCCCCACUCUGCCACACCCCAGGUGCUCACAGUCUGUAUCUACAUCAACAAGCAGGCCAACACGGGCCCCAACCUGGACAGGAAGAAGGUCCAGCAGCUCCCAGAUCACUUUGGGCCUGACAGGCCCUCUGUUGUCCUGCAGCAGGCCGUCCAGGGGUGCAUCGACAGCGCCUUCCAGCAGAAAGCAGUGUUCACUCUGCUCACGCAAGGUUAUGGGGGAGAGAAAAUAUCAGCCACAUUUGAUGGGAAGCAGCACCUACUGAGCCUCCCUGUAGUGAACAGCAUCGGCUAUGUGCUACGUUUCCUGAAGAAGCUCUGCCGCAGCUUGCACUGUGAAAAUCUCUUCAGUGAUCAGCCCAUUACCCAGCACAGCGGUGGCUCCUACCAGUCAGAUGCAGAAACAUCAAUGGCUGAGGAUUACCAUCACGACCAGCCAGACUCCAAACGCUACUCCGUGGAUCCCGGUGACUCUGCCUUCAGCUCCAUAAGCUCCUCCUACUCGCCAAAGUCCUCCUAUGGCUUUCGUUCAUCCCAGCAGUUCUCCAGUGGCUCCACCCCCAUGAGCAUGUGCCGUCAGUCGUCCAGCAGCCCGAACACGUUCUUGGAGAGCAACAGGACAGGAAGCUAUAAUGCAUCCCCCGAGUCCCAGGAGUCCAAAGCUCCACCAAAUAAGGACCCGUCUACCUGGUCUGUGGAGGAUGUUGUCUGGUUCAUCAGGGAUGCAGACCCCCAGGCUUUGGGCCCUCAUGCAGACGUAUUUAGAAAACAUGAGAUAGACGGGAAUGCCUUGUUACUUCUAAAGAGUGACAUGAUCAUGAAAUACCUUGGACUGAAGCUGGGGCCGGCCUUGAAGCUUUGCUACCACAUCGACAAACUAAAGCAGACUAAGUUUUGAAAACUUCCGCAUAUUUUUUCUGCUCCACCCAGACGGAAGCAUCCAACAAUACAUUUUGUUGAGGGUUUUUGCAGUUGAUGAUGACAUGUAGUGAUGAUGGCAGUUUCACCCCUCUCUCUCUCUUAAUAUUCUGGUUUUCGCACAGAUUUUGAAUUAGAAACUCUCAGACUGUGCACCCUCCAUACACAUGCUGACAUAAUCUAAUCAAUAAAAGAAGGCCAGCGUAAUGAAACCACCAUCUCAGAUACAGUGCACAUAGGGUUUUUGGUAAUAGACUUUAAUCCCCUACCUGCACAACACAGACCAGAUCUGUCUGCACAUGCCGAUUUGUUAAUUUCAACAUUUAAUAAGAAAUGCAUAUCAGAAUAACACUUAAUACUUUAGACUAGUCUCCCUUUCUCGUAUUUACUCUCAUGUUUACCCAACUUAAAACAUAUCCAUUUUCUGACUUUACUGAGAAACAGUGCAUUAACUGCUACAUUGUUUUUUGAUUGAUAGACUAAAAAAAUUCAUUUUGAUACUAUUUUUUCACAUUACUGUGUAAAAAAAAAAGAAAAGAUAAUGGUUCCAUUUGGUUAGUGAAACAAUCAUUCUUUUUAAUAUAAUUUUAAUACAAAACAAUAUAACCUAAACAAAAUAAAACAGAAUGAUAGCCUACAUA